AACAAGCUGAGGCAUCAAAAUUUCAGUAUAUUAUUGGAUGGACAAUUUUCAAACUAACAAAAAGCAAUACAUUAACAUUAGCAUAUGAAAAAUUUGCAAAAAUCAAAUUGUGUUUAAAUGCUCUUAGUUCUGAACAAGUAGAGUAUAUAUAUGACACUCGUUCAAAGACAACUAUAGUUAUUCCAGGAGCUGAUUUUAUUCAAUUCAUAUAUUAUUUAGAGUCACUCAUUCAUCAGUUGUUUGAAAAACAUAUAGAGUAUGGGCCAGAUAUUCUAAUUUAUAUCAAUAAUAAUCUUGUAAACAAUUUACCUUUAAAGAAACAGUUUAGUGAUCUUUUACACGUAGCAUAUGAGUUUUAUUAUAAUGAUAACAGUAUUCAACUAUCAAAAGAAGCUGAAGACUAUCUAUUAAAUGUCAAGGCAAUGAAUGCAGAUUUAAAAAAUAAUACAAAGCAAAAUGUUAAGCCAAAAAUGAAACUUGUUACAUUUAAAAAAGAAAUGCUACCAGACAAUCUUGAUUUAGCACUUGGUCAACUUAAGAUUUGGGCUCAAAAUAAUGUAGCUAAAAGUGUAUUUGAGAAGACAUUCACAAUAUCUAAUCUAAAGAUUCUAAUUCAAGCAUUUCAAGAUAAACCAGUAAAGAUAAAAGAAAAAAAGAAGUCAGCUCUCAUAGAUCUGCUUUUUAACUAUCUAAAUAAUGCUCAGAGUUCAAUGAAGAAACAAAGAAGAAAGGUUAACUUUUUACUUGAAAUAAUUAAGUAUUACUCAUAA